CCGCCCUCCACGCCGGGCUUGAAGGUUCUGCACAUUGCCGACCUGCACCUGGACGAGCAGUAUGCAGAAGGUGCCGACAACAGCUGUCCAGAGGUGCUCUGCUGUAGGGCCGAAAACGGGUUUCCGUCUGACCCGUCGCGCAGGGCCGGCCGCUGGGGCGACUACACCCGCUGCGACUCUCCCUUCCGGCUCGUUCAGUCCAUGGUCCAUCACGCAGCAAAGCGACACAAGGACCAGCUGGCCUACAUCAUGUGGACCGGCGACAACGCGCCGCACGACAGCUGGAAGACGUCGCGCCAGGAAGUGUUGUCCUCGUGCAGCAACAUCACCGGCCUGCUGCGACAUUACUUCCCCGGCGUGCCCGUGUUUCCGGUCAUCGGCAAUCACGACUCGGCUCCAAUCAACAGUUUUCCGCCUCCCGAGGUGUGGCGGGAUGGCUUCAGCGUCGCCUGGCUCUACAGCGCCUUGGCCGACUUCUGGAAGCCCUGGCUGCCCGCCGACGCAGUCGCCACUCUGGAGAGAUACGGCUACUAUUCGGUUGGUGUUGGGCCCGGCUUCCGAGUCAUCGUCCUCAACACCAACGUGGCCUACAAACUUAACUUCUGGGUGCUGCUGACGGCGCAGCGCGACCCGUACCAUCAGCUCGAGUGGCUGGCCGGCGAGCUGCGAGCAGCCAGCAGGGCCGGCGAAAAGUGCCACGUGAUCGGGCACAUCUCGCCCGCCGACCCGGACAUUCUGCCCGCCUGGAGUCACCUGUACCGCCGCAUCAUCCACAGCUACCAAACGACUGUGACGGCCGAGUUCUUCUCUCACACGCACGUGGAUGAGGUCCAAAUAUCCAAAGACAAGAACGACGAGGCAUUCGCCGUCUCCUAUAUAGCGCCCUCUUUAUCACCCUGGAAGGACGUCAAUCCCGGCUACAAGGUUUAUACAGUAGAUGGCGCCAGGGGAGCAGACUCAACUUGGGAGCUGACGGACCUGGAGCGCUGGACCACCGACCUGGCCGACGCUAACCGCGACCCGGACCGGUACCCCCGGCUGGUUCCUGCAUGGAGCAAGGCCGUCAACGCGAUGCUGCUCAAGGACCAUCUCUUCACCAAAUACUACAGGAACCUCAGCGGGGGCUCGCGUGUGCAGGCCGACUGCGACGGUGAGUGUCGUCAGGAGGUGAUCUGCAACGUGGUGACAGCCGACCGGUCCAGCUCGCUACACUGCGACCUGGCGCGCGCCACCUACCGGGCCGGGGUCAGCCUGGCGUAA